GACAAAAACAUUAAAAUUAAAGCAAAACAACUACAACCCCAUUAUUAUUUGAGAAAUUUGAGGACUUGGGUUGUUCUCAAAUUUUGUUAUUUGAUUGAUUUUUCAAUUAAUUCAAAGCAACCAUUUUUAGCUGUCAAUUUGAUAAGUUAUUAUAGAACAGAACUUUUCGUGGCUACAAUUUUCUGCAGAAGAUCGAAAGCUCUGUUUUGUUUUAUUGGUGAGGGGUCAGUAUUCAAGCCAUAGGAUCAAAUUCGAUUAUUGGGAUUGUAGAGGCUGCAACCAGAGGAUGUAAGAUAUUCGCGUGUCCAAAUUAUGCUAUACGAAUUUUGUGCUGACUUCAUUCACAUGGCUACGGCUGUUCUUUCACCGCUUGAGUUUCAUUUGUAUGAAUUAUCUCAACUCAUAAACUCAAUUAAAGUGGAAGGAUUUCACUGAGGAUUAAACUCUUCAGGGCCAUGGAGAAUUCUUCUGAGAUGUCUAAUGGAAAUGGGCCAACCGACAAUGGCCACAUGGUUAUGAGGAACUCUUCUUAUCAACCCUGCGUCAAGGUUUCUCUACCCUGGCUUGAUUUGAGAGUUUUUUAUGUUAGAGUUAGCAAGUGUGAGAUUGAUGAUUCCACUCCUGAGUACCUCACCCUAAACCAUAUUCCCCUCAACCGUGAUACACUUCUUGAAGUCAAUGGUGUUAGAACAAGCAUAUAUUCUGAUGGGGUGUCCACCCUUCUUAGAAGGGAUCGAUUAGAUAAGAAGUCUGAAGAAGCGACUUUUGUGAGCACUGAUAGCAUCAGGAUGACAGGGUGUGUGAAGUUUGAGGUAUUUGAUAAGGAUCUUCUUGUGUUAUCUGGGGUUUUAGAAUUGUGUAAUAGUAAUGGUUUUGUCAAGGAACCAAACAAUCAAGGCCAGGGAUGGAGCAUGAAUUGUGAAUCUGAUGCGACUGUUGGCACUGGCUUCUUUAAGGGGAAGCAAAUGUUGGGGCCGGAGUUGGCUUCGCCUACAAUUGAGGUCUACAUUGCAGGAUCCUUUUCAGGCACUCCAAUUAUCUUAACAAAGACUUUGCAGCCCAGUCAUCGAAAAAAGCAUACGAGGAAGGGGACGUUGGAUUCAAUACCUGAGUAUGAGGCAACUGAAGGCCCAAAAGAUGCUCCUUCCAGGCUUUCUUUGCAGAUGUCAGAAUUCCCAAACCACAAACCAGAAAACGAAGACGACUACAACCUGUACUCCGGGACAGCGUAUUUUGAAGGUGAAGAUGGAGAGCUUUCAUGGUUCAAUGCUGGCGUGAGGGUGGGUGUUGGUAUUGGCCUUAGCGUUUGUCUUGGAAUUGGAAUUGGAGUGGGCUUGCUCGUUCGAACUUACCAAGGCACCACCAGCAACUUCAGAAGGAGGCUACUGUAAUCCAGGCUUUCCCUGUUUCCCCGUCUUGCCAAAUUCAACUUUCCCCAUGAUCCAAGGCAGCUAACUUGGUGUUUCUUGUUGCAUAUAUGUCCCAGUUGUCAAUGAGGAGGCUCGUGUAGUUUGCAAUUAAGUGCAGGAAAUGCAUGAGUUCAAGUAUUUCUUGGCCUCUAUUGGGACUAAACCUUUCAUCUGAUAUAAAAAAGGACCAUUCGUUUCAAAUGUACAACAAUAAAAGCAGGAAACCUCUCAGCUUCUCUUGCACUUGAUUUUGUAGGGAAUGAUCUUGUUUGUGUGUUCAGAUCCUCAUCUAGCUAGUGCUUUCUGCUGCGGCCUUCUGUAUCUGUGAGUUCUGCUUUUGUCUUGUAAGGUGUUGAUUGCAGUGAAGUGUUUGGUAAUGGAAGAAAGUGUAGAUCCCUUUGCCGACUCA